CGAAGACAGGCGUGGCCACGUGCGUCGUGUUUCACUUGGAGUGGACACGUCUCGGAGGAUGGGAGACAGAAAGAGUCCGCGUCCAAACCCAACUAAAGCCAGGAAUACCUCUUCGGAAGAAGAAGAUUGAUUAUAAUAGCCUGUACUACUAGACUUGGGAGGUGAAGGUGUAGUACUUUGUUCACAUUUUUAGGGUUUAUAAUGAAUCAAUGUAUGCACAAGUGCACUCCUUGUUGUAAUAUAAGAAGAUAUCGGGUUGAAACUAAAAGCAGCCUCUUUUUACCACAAUAUUCAGGAAAUAGAAAUGCAAGACGGCCGUGAACAGGGAGUAAGUGUAAGAUUCCAACACUAAGCACAUUUAACGAUCACGACUUCGACUCGUGAAUCAAAGAAAGAAAAAUCAUGAUCAUCUUGAUGUUAGAACUAACGUAGGAGAUGACUCAGAAGGUCUUCGUCAAGAACUAGAU